AUGGGGACACAUCUGUUAAUUUCUAUACAUAUCUAUCUAUCUAUCUAUCUAUCUAUCUAUCUAUCUAUCUAUCUAUCUAUCUAUCGCAUCCUGUUAAUUCUUGAUACAGUCUGUUAUCUAUCUAUCUAUCUAUCUAUCUAUCUAUCUAUCUAUCUAUCUAUCUCAAUUUGUUCAUAUCUAUCUAAGUCUAUUCAUAUCUAUCUAAGUCUAUUCAUAUCUAUCUAUCUAUCUAUCUAUCUAUCUAUCUAUCUAUCUAUCUAUCUAUCCUGUUCAUUCCUGUCACAGUUUGUUCUUAUCUAUCUAUCUAUCUAUCUAUCUAUCUAUCUAUCUAUCUAUCUACCUAUCUUACUUCCAUGUCGAUAUGAUCAUUUAUGUCUUUCUUUGACUAUAAGCAGAUAUUUGUUCACAAAGACGGCUGUACUGGUCACCUCACUUUUGUGGGAAAUCACACACGGAAGGAAGAUUUUCUCCAGCUUAUCAUCCUUGGUGGUCACCAUAAUGGCUCGCGCAGUACCUGGCGUAGCGGGCCAACAACACGCGACAAAAGGAUUGUCAUCAACAAGAGCUUCAGCAGUGUGCCACGAUACAGAGGGGACAUUUUUGGGACAAAGCCGCUUCGAGUUGUUACCAUUUGCACUUGGGAGGGUAGCAACUGAAGGGCCAUCUAUCUAUCCAUCUAUCUAUCUAUCUAUCUAUCUAUCUAUCUAUCUAUCUAUCUAUUUCACCGUUUCUAUCUAUCUCACUUGCUUCAUAUGUAUGAAUGUAUGUAUGAAUCUAUCUAUCUAUCUAUCUAUCUAUCUAUCUAUCUAUCUAUCUAUCUAUCUAUCUAUCGAUCUAUCGUGUCAUUCACUUCAUAUCUAUCUAUAUCAGUUACUUCUUAUCUAUCUGUCAAUCGAUCUCAGCCGUUUCUGUUCGUCCCAGUUCCUUCAUAUCUAUCUAUCUAUCUAUCUAUCUAUCUAUCUAUCUAUCUAUCUAUUUCACCGUUUCUAUCUAUCUCACUUGCUUCAUAUGUAUGUAUGCAUGUAUGUAUGUAUGUAUGUAUGUAUGAAUAUUCAUCUAUCUAUCUAUCUAUCUAUCUAUCUAUCUAUCUAUCUAUCUCAGUCGCUUCAUAUCUCUGUGUGCCUAUGUCAUUUUCUUCAUAUCUAUCUCUGUCCAUCCCAGCUGUUUCUAACUAUCUUAGUUGAUUCAUAUCUAUCUCUAUCUAAGAUAUUUCAUCUCACUUUACUAUCUAUUCAUUCAUCUAUCUAUCUAUCUAUAUCAUUCUAUCUAUCUAUUUCAUUGCUUCAUACCUAUGUAUUUUUGUAUGUAUGUAUGUAUGUAUGUAUGAAUCUAUCUAUCUAUCUAUCUAUCUAUCUAUCUAUCUAUCUAUCUAUCUAUCUAUCUCAGUCUCUUCAUAUCUCUCUGUUUCUAGCUAUCUUAGUUGAUUCAUAUCUAUCUCUCUAUCUAAGAUAUUUCUAUCUCACUUACUAUCUAUCUAUCUAUCUAUCUAUCUAUCUAUCUAUCUAUCUAUCUAUCUAUCUAUUUCAGUCACUUCAUAUAAUUCUUUGUAUCAAUUUCAGUUGCUUCAUACCUAUGUAUUUUUGUAUGUAUGUAUGUAUGUAUGAAUCUAUCUAUCUAUCUAUCUAUCUAUCUAUCUAUCUAUCUAUCUAUCUAUCUAUCUAA